ACCACGAACCACAAGAAGAAGACUUUAGACAUGAGGAAGUAAUUUGCUGUUUUGCUGCCUGCUAGACGGCCCGAUUGCUCAAGUUCAGAGGAAGAAGCAGAGUUGUCGUUCACACUUGUGUUUACGGUCUGCUGUUGUGAGAGUCAUAAGUUAGAUAUGGCGGGGAGUAUCAAAGACAAGGAAGCUUUUCAGAGACUGAAUUUCCUGUACCAAGCUGCACACUGCGUUUUGGCUCAAAGUCCAGACAACGCAGAACUUGCUCGUUUCUACUGUUUCACCCAGAAAACCAUCGCACGCCGGCUUGUUCUUAGACAAGAUCCUUCAGUGAAGAGAACCAUUUGUAAGAGAUGCUGCGGCUUAUUAGUGCCUGGGGUGACUGGAGCCCUCAGACAGAGAAAGCGUAAAGGAAAGCAGAGGGUGACCGUGCUGCGCUGUCUGAGCUGUGGGCAGACGAGGAAGCUGCCCAAUAACCCGGACCACCGCCUGUGGGUGGACCAACCAGAGGCUCUGCUGGAGAACCAGCCACAGCAAGGUUUGAGCGCAUGGAGAGGGGGGUUGAGCGUGUGGAGAGGGCUGCUCAUUGCAGAUAUGAUCUUCUCAUCAACAGAGGAGACCUCAGGCCAGAAGAGCGGAGCUCCAGUUACUGCUCCCACAGAGAACCCGACCUCCGGACGCUCUAAAGGGAAAAACCUAGACACAACCAUGAAGCCGGACGCCUGAGGCCCGUCUCUGUGAACCCAAUUGUCCCUACAGACUGAUCGUUGGCACCGGUGUGGUGCUGGUUUGGCCAAUGCAAUGGUCCUGUCUGGAACAGAGAGCAGCCUUGAAGGAGAGAAGUUGUCAGUCUGUGAGACUAAGGAUUGUCAGGAGCUGAGCAGUAAACAGUAAACAGGUCUUAUUUGAUGGUCUAUUAUUCAGGGUUGCUGACCAUGGUCUAGUUUACAUUGAGUCUGUGAUAUGACAGGCCAGCGAUGACACCCGUGGUGUCAUUUUAUUGUGAUGUAAAUAAACACAUUUAUUUGAUUGUAUUUUUGAAAUCUGUAUAAGAUUAUAGUUUAUAGUCAUCUCUAUAUUUAUCAUUUGCAGUUUCUGAUUCUGAAUUUUCCAAGAAAUCUAAAUCAUAAACUAUGGGUUUCAUUUUCAAGAUAUUUAAAUAUCAACCAGAUGUUCACUAUCUGUUGUUUGCUCUUGCAAUACGGAAUAAAAAUUGAAAAAGUAAAAAAGAAA